AUGGACAUGCCCGAAACAUUUCCCCAGGGAGGCAUUCAGGAGUCAUUCUCAGUAGAUGCCCGAACCACCUCAACUGUGGCUCCUCUCAACAUGGAGGAUCAGCGGCUGUACUCCAAGUCCCUCCCAGAUGUCCGAACUCCUCACCCUAUCUCUAAGGCUGAGCACGAACACACUGACACCUACAUAAUAGGCAGCACUCGCUUGAACUGGCUCCAGAGUCAGACUUACUGCAGGAAGCAUUACACUGACUUGGCCAGUAUUAGAGACCAGCAAGAGAAGGACAGGAUUUUCAGUGUGAUCAACAGUGGCAUAGCGUAUUGGAUUGGUCUGUCAAGAGAUUCGUGGAAGUGGUCGGACCAGAGUAACUUUGAAUUCACUGCAUGGAGAUCAACGGAGCCGAGAAACCAACAGGGAAAUGAGUUUUGUGGGUAUGCUUCAGCGCAAGGAUGGGGUGAUACUGAUUGUGCUCUUGAAUUGUCAUUUAUCUGUUCAGUUCGCAGAGAAACGCUGUUAAAAGUUGUGUUGAAGCCAGAAGGAUCUGUUGACCUGAAUGAUCCCUUGGUGUCUGAGGCUGUUUUGAAGGCUAUGGAGAGACAAAUGAGUGAACAUGGGAUCAAUCAUAACGUAAGACUGAGUUGGAGGAGGCAACCAAAUGGAGAAAUAUUUAAUAGGGAAGCAAAUUCAACACUGUAA